AUGCAUCCUUUAUCGUCCAUGGCUACAAAAUUAUUUACUUUUUUUUCGAUCAUUGCUCCGGUAACAUUCGGUUUACAAGCUACCGAUUUUUACGUCCAUGACUUACCUCUUUUACCAAAAGAAGCUUCGUCUAUUCGUAUGCAUGCUGGACUUCUACCUGUCGAUCCACAACACAAUGGAUCUUUGUUCUUUUGGCAUUUCGAGAAAAAAUAUGCUAGUGACAAAUUAAGAACAGUCAUAUGGCUUAAUGGCGGUCCUGGUUGUAGUAGUUCGAUUGGAGCUUUGAUGGAAAUUGGUCCUUUUCGAUUUCAAGAUCAAAAUACAAUGAUCGAAAAUGAUGGAUCAUGGCAUUUGUACACUAAUCUUCUGUUUGUAGAUCAGCCUGUUGGUACUGGAUUUUCUACUAUUGAUACCGACUCAUUUAUUCAUGAACUCGAUGAGAUGGCUAAUCAGUUUCUUAGCUUUCUUGAUCAAUAUAUCAAAGUUUUUCCAGAAUUACUUGAAAAUGAUAUUUACUUAGCUGGCGAAUCUUUUGCUGGUCAGUAUAUUCCAUAUAUAGCGAAAGCGAUUCUUGAACAACGAUCAGCAUUGAAACUACGUGGUCUUUUGAUUGGAAAUGGUUUAAUUGAUCCUGUUACCAUAUAUAAAUCAUAUUUACCAUUUGCAGUAGCAAAUAAUUUAGUUGUUAUGAACUCUAACCUCUAUGAUCGUAUUAAUAUUGAAGUCAAACAAUGUGAGCAGGCACUUUCCAAGCAGGUGCAUAUUUUGGAGGAAGCUUGUUAUCCUAUCCUGCAAGAGAUAGUGGAGAACGGUGCAAUGAAUAAUCACCACAAAAAAAACCAAGAAGGUAGAUGUUUCAAUAUGUACGACAUCAGGCUAGAUGAUACGAUUCCAGAGUGUGGGAGAAAUUGGCCACCAGAGUUAAAGUAUGCUACAUCUUACUUGCGUCGACAAGAUGUUAUGUCGAGCAUACACAUUAAUGAUAAGAAAGUGAUAUGGACACAAUGCUCGUCUUCUGUUCAGAAUACGUUUACAGCUUAUCAUUCUAAACCAUCGAUCAUAUUGUUGCCUGAUUUACUUCAGCAAAUUCCAAUUAUUCUAUACAGUGGUGAAUAUGACUUGCUUUGUAAUCAUUGGGCAAUCGAAGCAAUGAUAGAUGGUAUGAUAUGGAACAAUGGAACCGGUUUUGAUUUUGGUAAUGGAACAUUAUCUCUAAAAGAUCCGUGGAUUGUUGAUGGUGAAUCUGCUGGUCUCAUUCGAAGUGCACGUAAUUUAACUUACAUGCUUUUCUAUGGUGCCAGUCACAUGGUACCCUAUGACUAUCCUCGUCGAUCACGUUAUAUGCUGCAUAAAUUCAUCCAAUUGGAUCUAAUCUUAUUUCCUGAUACAACAACAAGAAAAAACAUAGAAGUGUCUACUCGAUUAACACGUUACGUCGCUAUUAUUAUAUUGAUUGUUAUCAUUGUUAUUCUAGUACUGAUCGGUCUUAUUUGGUGUUUUGUACUUAAACGACAUCCGACUAGACUACCGACACCACUCAAUAUUAUACGUGAACUUCGACCAAAAACUAGUAAUGUUGAGCAGCCAAAAUCGAUGGCGUGUUUACUUUUAAACGACUCCAAUACAAAUUUGCAUGUCGCUGAUAGUGAAACUUUUGUAUGA